GCAGAGCAGUUCUUAUCUUGAUCUGAGGUACGGAUGUUUCUGACAAGGGUUUUUGGGAGGACUCUCUUUGCAGCCGCCAAAUCAGAGGCUUCAGCUGCUGCAGCUGCUGCUACUUCUACUGCUCGGCACAAUCCUCUCGAGCAGUUUUUUGAGGCUGAUAGAAACCCAGAAGAUGAGAAGCCUGUCGUCUAUGGUCGGAGUUGGAAGGCCUCUGAACUGCGUCUGAAGUCAUGGGAUGACCUUCAGAAGCUUUGGUAUGUUCUCCUGAAGGAAAAGAACAUGUUGAUGACUCAGCGUCAGAUGCUUCAGGCUCAGAAUCUGCGGUUUCCUAAUCCUGAGCGUAUCCCAAAGGUACGUAAGUCAAUGUGCCGAAUCAAGCAUGUGCUGACUGAGAGAGCUAUUGAAGAACCGGAUCCUAGGAGGUCUGCUGAGAUGAAAAGAAUGAUCAACGCCUUGUAGUUUUCCGACUUGUGAUGAAGAGGCAUGAGGUGGAUUAAGGUUUGAUGGUUGGGGUUUCAAACCAAUUGGUCAAUGAAUUAAUGCGAGAUGUGGAUUGAUGGGGAGUAUCAUGAUACUAACUUUAAGCUAUCAACAUCAAAAUGUUGAUCUCACCAUUGAUUGUUUUUUGGACCAAUCAUUUGCAUUUGUUCAUCUAAUUUAGGAUACAGUCUGCAUUGUAAGUUGGUUAGACAGAGUAAAAUAGAUAGAUCUAUUGGAUUUGUCAUGUGCUAAGGCACUAUGGUAGCAUUAUGUUUUAUCAAUGUGGGGGCUGAGAUUAACAUUCUCAAAUGACAAUUAACCACUUGCUGUGGAUUGGUCUGUACAAUUUUUCCCAAAAUGUUUCAACAAGUUAGUUAAGUGUGGUUGGUUCCACGAAAGAGUAU